UGGUCUCUGUUCUCUAAAACCUCUAAGCUGUCACUCCAUUUUUUUUUUCUUUCUCUAGAAAUUCAGUGUUAUUUGCUGUAAUGGAAAAAAAUUAUUGUGUUGCUGCUUUUUUUGCUUAGCGGCAAUGUGAAUGUGAAUGUGUGUGAAAUCUAGGGUUUUUUGAUUGUGGAUACUUCAGAUCUUUUGUAGAUCUAGGGUUUUUAGGUUGACGAGUUCGUUUCCGCCGCCGCCGCCGUGUUUUACGAAAUGGCGACGCCGUUUCACUUGCCAGUAACUGCUGCUCAGGUGGGGACAUACUUUGUGGGCCAGUAUUAUCAGAUGUUACAGAACCAACCUGAUUUUGUUCACCAGUUCUACAGUGAUGCUAGUACCGUGCUUCGAAUUGAUUCUAGCACCAGGGAGACUGCUUCAGGAAUGCUGCAAAUCCACACCCUCAUAAUGUCGCUUCAUUAUACCGGGAUCGAGAUUAAAACACUUCAUUCCUUGGAGUCAUGGAACGGUGGUGUCCUUGUGAUGGUUUCAGGUUCUGUCCACGUGAAAGGUAUCGACAGGAGUAGGAAGUUCGUACAAACAUUUUUCCUUGGACCCCAGGAAAAAGGAUACUUUGUCCUCAAUGAUAUCUUUCACUAUGUUGAUGAGGAGCAAAUUCUGCAGCAACCAAUGCCCUAUCUAGCACAGACUAACCUUGAUUCCAGGCUGAAUGCACUUCAAGAGCAAGUGCCCAACUACAUGCUUGGUGGAGAAAUCCAGGCAAGGGAGUAUGCUGCUGCUCCUAAAAUUGAAGAUAAUGGGCCAGUCAAUAACUACAGUUUUCCGGAGGAACGGCUUCAGCAUGUCCCCGAAGCCGAGAAGAUCCUUGAAGAUAAUUUUGCAGUGCAGUCAAACGGCUCACUUCAGAGUACAAUUAAUGCAGCGCAAGACCAUUUAUCCAGUCCUAUUGAGGAACCUGUUGCGGAGCCCCAAAAGCACACUUAUGCCUCUAUUUUACAAGUUGCUAAAGGGCAUUCCGCACAAGGAGGACCAGUCCAGUCUUCUUUCAACAAACCUUCACCUUCUCCUUCAGAGUGGCAGCAUGUACCAGAGCCUCCUGCUCUGCCAUCAGUUCCAUCGACUAAUACUAUUGAGAGGUCUAUAACAGAGGCCACAGAAGAGGCUUCAGCUGUGGAUGAUGAAGUUGAAGUCAAGUCUGUGUAUGUUAAAAAUGUGCCUACAACGAUGGCUGCUUACCAAAUCGAGGAGGAAUUCAAAAAGUUUGGUAAACUAAAGCCUGAUGCUGUUGCCAUUAGAACGCGAAAGGACAUUGAUGUAUGCUAUGCAUUUGUCGAAUUUGAAGAUGUAACUGGUGUUCAGAAUGCAAUAGAGGCAUCUACUGUUCAGAUUGGUGGACACCAGUUGUACAUUGAAGGGAGGAGACCGAACAGAAACAACUUAAUUCGAGGAAGAGGAAGGGGUAGAGGCAGAGUUAGCUACUCCAUGGAUGGAAGGGGGCGCUAUGGUGGCCGUGGUUUUGGGAGAGGUGGUCAAGAUGGAGGUGACCGUGAUUAUGGCAGAUCAAGAGGAAAUGGUUACUAUAGACAAGCUCCUCGGCAAGAAAGAGCUUACUCAGGCAAUCAGCAAGGCGUGAGAAAUGGGCAGUACUCGUGGGAAUAAGCAAGUUGUAUUUUUGAAGGACAACACCUUCAGUACAAGCCAUGUUGCAAACAGCUUUUUUGUCUUCACAGUUCUCCAAAAGAUUAGUAUACUUUGAGAAGCAUCAAAAUUUAGAUUUGUGGAAGGAAGCAUCCAAAUACAUAUAUUUUUUGGCAGAAAUAGCAAGUCUUUUAUUUUCGUACAUGAACAGACUUAUCAGUUAUCAGAUAGGGUUCUUAAUGCAGUUUUGGCCCUGC